GAUAAGGAUUUCGUGCAAACUUCCUUUUCUUUUGUCAAAGGGGGACACAUGUUAGGUUGUGGCCUUUGCAGGACAUGUACAUGGAAUCCGUAUCACCAAUGGACCACCCACAUUUAUUUAAUCGCACUAGUGGCUCUAAGCUCACUAAACCCUACUUUCUGAAUUCCAAUGGGAAGUUUCUUUUAUUAGUUUACAUGGCCAUGAUCAAAAGGGAACUCAUUCAAUCACCAAACCUAAAAAAAACGUACAUAUCACUGCACAAAUGCGAUAAUGACCUUCCAUAAAAAAAAAAAAUAGUUUUGUUGUUUGUUUCUCUUGAAAGUGAACUCAUUUUGAUCUUAUUGAUGAGUUGUCUCUACCUUUCUCUUGGUAGUCUUUUUUUUUAUUUAUUAUUCCACUUUGAAAGUUACCUUAAUGCACUUCUUGGUUCUACUUCUUUGAGUUUCCUGAUCAUAAUUCACAACUCAAUGAAGGAAUGUGUUUGCUAAAAAUAUAUUAGUGUGGGAAAUACACAUGUGCUUGGAAGAGUGUAUUGUAUGAAGGUAUACGUCUAAAGAGUUAUAUGUUGGGUGAAUGAACUAUACAUGUAUUCUAAAUAGCGUGUUGACUAAGAGAUGUACGCGUCUAAACUUGAAAGAAUGAAUUGGCUGAACGUAUAUGUUUGACAGGGAGAUAUGUCGAGUGAAAAAACUAUUCACCACUUCAAAAAGUUUGAUAACAAAGAGAAACAUGAAUAUAAUUCAUUUGAUAAGUAUCUCACAUAAUAAUGAUGCAAGAUGUCUCUUGACGUUGAUCUUAUGAGAUGUACGGAAAAAAAAGAUAAUAGAUUCACUACAGUAAUAGAGCUUAUCAAUAUAUCUUUCCAUAUCAAUUGGAAAGAUGAUGUGGGUAAUUUUAGUGGGAUGAUGAGAUGAGAGUGUGAUGUUGAUAAUUUGAUAUCACUUGUCACAACCAUAAAAAAAAAAAACCCCUAACCAAUCAAACAAUGAAAGAAGACAUUGAUUAAUUGAUCUGAUUUUUUUAAAGAUAAACGCUCAAUGGUCUCAUCACGCAACCUCUCCUUUGUUUGUAUUCAUUUAGCCUAGGCGUGGAUAUAAUAUUUUGGAAUUAUUGGAGGGGUUAGUCCACGUAAUCAUGGAAUCACACACAUAAAUCCACUAAACUAAUGUUUGGAUUCUUUCGAGUUUGCUUAUGUAUCAAACCAAAUUGUCUCAUUGUUUGUUUGUCCAAUUCUUAUAUGUUUUUUGUGAAAUCAAUGACAUGCAUGGUUUCCUCCCACCAAUCACUAGAUAAAAUGACUAGGACAAUUGUAUGUAUUGUGCUACCUUGGGAGAGAAUCUUUCAAUGGGAUUACCAUAGAUUCCUCACUAAGACCUUGAGAAUGAAGAUGGGUGAUGAAAUGUGUGGAGAUGGGUUCGAGUACAUUGGGCCUGAAUUAGGCCAUACCACCCCGUUUUCAGGCCCAAAAUGUCGUUACCGGUCGGCCCACGAGUCAACGCCGGCGCUCACUCACUCUCUCUCUCUCGUCUUCUCCGCCUAGCAAAAUUUUCAGCUCAGACAACAAGAUCUCGAGUAAAAAAAGCUCUGAACUUUCGACAGCUUCAGCUCGAAAUUUCAUUCCCCAGCUGCCAUCCAGACUCCACUCACGUUUUUGUGACGGCUUAUGCACAGGUCGCCACCAACCAAGCUCGAAGAAGCAAAACCCAGUCGCGCAGAACUUGAAAUCAGGGAAUUCAGAGGAGAAAGGGAGGAAAUUUUAGGGUUUUGGUGAGUAGAAGAAGAAGAAGGAAAUGGCGAAUCAGGGAGCUAAGAAGCGCAAGGAAGAGAACUCCCGCCACAUGGCUAAUCUACUCCGUAUCAUCAUCGCCUGCAAUGCCAUAUAUGUUGUGGUGAGGCUGCUUAUUUUCCAUUCGAGCUUCUCAUGGAAGCACUGGAUUGGCCUGACCCUGACAUCUCUUGCGUAUUACUUACCUUACCAACAACUUGCUUCAAUGGCGAAGCCUAGUUAUGGUGAUGAUGGGGAGCUUUUCGAUGGUGGGUUUGAUAUGAGCACUGGUGGAAUAUGUGGCUAUCUUCACGAUGUUAUCUACAUCACCAGCUUUGUGCAGAUUGCGUCCAUACUGUCGGAUAAGUUUUGGUACACUUAUCUUGUGAUACCGGCAUUUGGAGUGUACAAAUCUUCCGGAUUGAUCAAAGGAUUAUUAUCACAAUUCAUGCCACAUGGCUCCGGGGGAGCUGAGGAGGAUGAGAAGACUCGUAAGAAGAGAGAAAAGAUGGAGAGGAAAGCUUCACGAGGCAAGUUUGUCAAGACAAGAACCAGGUGAGAUUAGAUUAGGUACUUAGAUGAAGCUGAGUCCUCUUGAAGGUUACUUACAGUUUGUAGACAAGAAGAGUAGAUGCUGAAGAGGGGGAAUAGUUGUUAGAAGUGAAAGCUACUUUCUUUCCGUUUACAUGUGUGAUGCGACUUUUGGCUUGGGAUGUAUGGCAGACUAAGGGGUCGUUUGGAAGUUGGAACCCGUUAUAUCUGAUUCUUAAGAAUGUGCGUUGUCUGAGAAUGUGUGCAUUCAAAGCAGGGGGGAAUCUGUAUAAUGUGCUUGUUUUGAAAAUGUGUGUACUUUUAGUUAGGAGAAUUUGUAAAUUAGUUGAUUGGAAGAAUACAUCAUUCCGGCAGGAAUUGGGUUGUAACUCGUAACUGUGAGGAGACAAAUAAUAAAAGGUAAGUUGG